CCUCCUCCUCCCGCUCGGCUCGCCGCUGCUGCUCCUCUCGCUUGCCUCGCCGCCUACGCUCCUCCUCUCGCUCGCCUCGCCGCCACUGCUCCUCCUCUCGGCCAAGCUUGUCCUCGUCCCCUCUUUUCUCCUUCUCCUCCUCUCCACCUCUUCCCCUCUUCCUUCCUCGCGAGCAGCAGCAGCAGCGGAGCAGCAAGUAGCAGCAGUAGGGAGUAGCAGCGGCGGCGGAGGAGCAGCAGCUGCGGAGUAGCGUCGGAGUAGCAACAGCAAGCAGCAAGUAGCAGAAGUAGGGAGCAGCAGCAGCAAGGAGCAGCGGCGGCAAGCAACAGCAUCAAGAUAAUCGAUUCUUGCCGGAAGGAACACACACACGGGCGUUGAUGGUGGACAUGGUGGAGCUGAAAUUUUGAACAAAAAGUUCAUUUGCCCCAGUGGAAGUGCUUUGAUGUUGUUUGAUUGAGCAGCCAACCAAAUCGGCUGAACAAAGCCCGAGCAACCAUUUCCAAGUGGCUGCACCCAGAAUCCACUGUAGCCGGCGCCUCCACAGGUUGAACUAACGAUCAUCAUUCUCAAAAUGGGCGAGAGCAGAGGAAGCAUCGCCUUCUUUGCGUGCUACAGGCCUCCGGUGCCCCUCGACAUAUUCUGCUGUCCAGCUCCAGCAUCAUCAAGGGCGGAGGAGCGGCACUUGACGGAUGGCGUGUCGUAUAACUACAAUUGCCAACCCAUUCCAUCUGCGGCCCUCAAGACGAUCGUCAAGCACCUAGAUCUGGCUCCUGAAGACGUCGAAGAAGCCGCCAUCGAUUCGGGCCGUCUCACCGGCCUGGUCUUCGUCUCCGAAAGGCAACACCACCUCGAGACUCUUCAUAUAGGCCUGCGCUUCGAUGAUGGCGACGAAGUCAGGGUCUUCACCUUGGGGGACAUCUAUGGCGGCGACUUCUUCAGUGGUGCCCGUCUGGAGGACAGCGGCUGCAUCGCAGGAGGCUACGAGGUGGAUGGUCACACAGCUGACCAUUACCUCGUCUUCGUGUCCACGAAGGAGCCCGUGCAAGAACGCCGCAGCCCCUGGAAUGUCGUCUACAAAACUAAUCUCAGAACAGGCGAAACUGAGCGCCUCACCCCACCAGGGACGUCCGAUUUAAGCCCCUCGGUGUCACCAUCUGGGAAAAGGGUAGCAGUGGCUUCGUUCCAAGGAAAGAAAUGGGAUGGUGAAGUUAAAGACUUGCUGACAAGCAUUUACGUGAUGGACCUAGAGAGCACAUAUCUGGAGCGCGAGCGGGUGAUCGAGAACGCUGGCUGGCCAUCAUGGGGAAGCGAAACAGUACUAUUUUUCCAUAAAAAGGUUGGGGAUAACUGGGGUGUAUUUCGGUAUGACUUGAGCACCGGUGAGACCCUCCGUGUGACCCCAGAAGCAAUCGAUGCAGUGACACCAGCAGCCAUUGAUGAGAGCAGAGUGGCUGUGGCAACCAUCCGCCAGAAGUCUGUGUUCACUGACGUCCGUGUUGAAGCGCAGUACCGUCACAUCGAGGUUUUUGACAUGGGUUUGCCGGAGGAGCCACUUCAAAUCACUCGGUGUACCAAGCCAAAAGGCGACCAUUACAACCCCUUUGUAAUGGAUGGCGGCAAGUACAUUGGCUACCAUCGUUGCAAAAGCGACCAUCUCGAGCAUGGAGAUGAUGUCCCGAGGCGGUUCGACAAGCUGCAGUCCCAUCAUGAAGAUAUUGGUCUGUUCAGGGUUGCCGGUGCAUUCCCGGCAUUUUCCAAAGAUGGCUCUAAGCUUGCAUUCGUCGAUAACGAGUUCAAAGCCGUGUGGCUGGCCGAUAGUGACGGAAUGCGUGUUGUCUUCGAAACGGAUGGUCCUGAUGGUGUCUUCUCACCGGUGUGGAACCAAAAGAAGGAUAUACUUUAUGUCUGUAUGGGACCGUCUUUCAAAGCGAACGAAAUAUUGGAGAUCUACGCCAUCCCUCACGUAUCGACUGGUGCACGAGAGCGGCGACUGCUCACGAAGGGAAAAUUCAAUAAUGCAUUCCCAUCCACCAAUUCAGACGGGACAAAACUUGUUUUCCGAUCGACAAGAAAUGGGGGACACAAAAAGUACAAGAAUCUAUACAUGAUGGACGCAGAGAUCGGGGAGGACGGUGGUGAAGCGGAACGGAUAACAGAGGGUGAUUGGAUUGACACACACUGCCAGUGGUCGCCAGACAGGGACUGGAUCGUGUUCUCAUCAAACCGUGACAAGCCCGCGGACGCUCCGGAGCGCGACCAUGGUAUGGACCCCGGGUACUUUGCUGUUUACCUGAUGAACGCAAUCGACCGCUCUGUGGUGAGGGUAAUCCGGAGCGGGUACGACUUCUCCGGGCACGUGAACCACCCGGUCUUCAGCCCGGACGGGCGGAGCAUCGUCGUGACGGCAGAUCUUGCCGCGGUGUCUGCUGACCCAAUGUCGCUGCCGCUCUUGUUGCAUUCGCAGAGGCCCUACGGUGACAUCUUCACCGUUGAUAUCGACCCGGAUGACAUGGAGAAGAACCAGGACGUGGAGGAGUUUGCCCGAGUCACACAUAGCAGGUAUGAGAACGCCACUCCUGACUGGACCGUGUUCUCAACUCAUGACCCGCAUGCGCAGUGGAACCUCCUGGUCAUGGAGGAGAACUACACUCCGUCAUGCCCGUAUGCGCACCAUGAUGGAGGUGAAAGUUGGCACAUGACAGGCCAGAUGUGCAUCCCCAAAAGGGUUUGUUGAUCUUUCGCCGCUAUGUUGGAAUGGCUGGAUUGACGCUUGGGCUCACAUUGUUGCCUGGAUCGAUUGCUCGAGAUGUAUUUGUUAUUUCUGUUUUGGAUUGCUACCUGUCUGGGUUUCUAUCGACCCUUUGUAUUCUAAACAUUUCAUCUUGCUGUAAUAUAAGACUUCAGAGUUUUAUAUGAUGAUUCUGAACUGAA